AUGGACAUUGCCCAAAAUCUAUCGAUGGCCAUGGGAACUGAACAGCAGGUUAUCCAUCCCUUCUUUCGACAAGAAUUCGGAGUUACAGCCAAACCUACAUCCUCCAAUGAUUCCUCCUCGGCCGCGAGUUCCAAUCCAAAUGAUCAUCUACGAAUAAACAACGAAGGCUCUAACCUCGAGCUGGAACCACAUGUUUUGAAUCCUUGUGACUCGAAUACUUCCAAUAUCAACGAUGAGGGCGCCGUGGCCCUGGAUGAGGAUCCGAACGAGAGUCGGAGAAAGAGGCGAAGAACAGAUAAAACCCAAACCACAGAACCUACCACUGCUGCCCGUGCUGGUCUCUCAGCAUGGCUUGGUGUCAGCGCGCCUGCCCCCUUAAAUCCCUUAACCGAUGUUGCCAAUGACCCAGACACCACCUUGUCAACAUUUCAACUGGGGACUCCGCCGGCGGAGACCCCCGCUGAGGAUGCGACCAAAGUUUCGACGUUGACUGAGAAGGAACCACAGUCCCGGGCUGCCAGGUCUUCCGCGAGACAGAAAAUCCUGAAAUUGAAUCCGAAUGGCAAAUUCUUGUCUUCGCCUGCCUCGAGUCCGCCACCAGAGACCGAGAAGAACGGAACGGGGAAGCGACGUAGGGCGCGAAAGGAAGAAACUAAGGUGGUGAUAUUCAAAUACGGCCUUGGAAAAGAGGGCAAGAUAGGCACAUUGAUCAAUGAUAUCUUAAAUGGGCUCACUCGAACAACCCCCUGGAAAUCUGCCAUCCAGCCGCGCAAGAAGAAAAGCCAAUCCCGAAAACCAACCCACCCUUUUUUCAACAAAACCUCGAUGCACAAUACAGGAACACCAAACUCAAUCGAUGGUCAGCCGGACUCGCCAAAAGCGCCGACCCAAACCACAGCUGGGACCCCCGUCAAAAAGCGAGUGGUGCCAGCUUCAGACAUAUCAUUUUCUAAGAUUCCUCGCCGCGUGUCUAAAUUCCCCGAACUUGUCCACCCCACCUGGCCUCCUAAAGACCUGGUACACGUUAGAGAUACUAAUCCCCCGCUCUUGGGAAUCAAUGGCCGUACUUGGUAUAAAUCCCAAGAUAAGAAAAAGUCGAAGAUUGCUGCUAUCUCAAUCAGAGAUGAAGAGAAUGUGCUUUUGACUGGAACGGCCGAAGCGAGAAAAAUUGCUCGACUAUCCACGAUUGAAGCUCAGGAUAUCCCGGCCAUUCUGCGACACCCAGUCCGGCAUGUUGCCAGCAGUCACGUACUACAAGCAGCAAUGGAAAGACAAAUGUCAUGGUCUUCUCCAAACCGCCAGUUCCAUUGGACUGCUACGACCCCACCUCUUGCGAAACUUCGAUUGGCGCUACUUUCUUCGGUAUCAGCCAUCGAUCGUGGCAAGUACGAGUCCCACCUUUGGCCGCAUAAGUACGCCCCUACAUCAGCCAAUGAGGUACUCCAACUGGGACGCGAACCGCAGAUGCUCCGUGACUGGUUGCGUCACCUUAAGAUCACAGCAGUUGAUACAGGUAGUUCAUCGAAGGAAAAUGUCAAAUCCAAACUAAAAGAGGAGAAGAAACGCAAGAAGCGACAGAAACGCGACAAACUCGAUGGAUUUGUUGUCUCAAGUGAAGAAGAGGUAUCGGAGAUGGACAACAUCUCUGGCUCUGACGAUGAGCUGGCGGGGAACGUCACUACAUUGUCGCAGAAAACCGUUGUUAGAUCAGGAGACAUGGUCUCCGGCUCGAACGGUACAGUAAACGGUCAACUAAGCAAUGCGAUUCUUAUAAGCGGCCCACCUGGCUGCGGGAAAACAGCAUCCGUUUAUGCUGUUGCAAAGGAGCUUGAUUUUGAAGUUUUUGAGAUUAAUGCUGGGAGCCGUCGAACUGCCCGCGAUAUGCUAGAACGCGUUGGGGAUAUGACGCAAAACCACCUUGUUCAUCUUCUAAACGAAACAGAUAGCGCAAUCGACAGCAAUAAGGCCGAUGUCAAGCCAAACAAUUUGAUGGGAUUCUUCAAAGGUCCAUCGACAAAAGUUAGCAAGUCGGCAGACACUACCAGCCAAUCCGAAAAUGAGACGAAACGACCCAGAGAGCAGAAACAGUGCUUGAUCCUGCUCGAAGAAGCCGAUAUUCUUUUUGAAGAAGACCGUCAAUUUUGGACUGGUGUUUUGACUCUCAUCAGCCAAUCGAAACGACCGAUUAUCAUUACCUGCAACGAUGAAAGUCUGAUUCCUACUCGAGAAAUGUCCCUACAUGCCAUCCUACGAUACCAAAAGCCUUCUCCGGACUUCGUCAUUGACUACCUUCUCUUGGUUGCCGCCAAUGAAGGUCACAUAUUGAAGAGGGAAGCCGUUACUAGGCUUUACCAAGGCUCCGGGCUGGAUCUUAGGAAGUCCCUAAUGGACCUCAACUUCUGGUGUCAAAUGGGAGUUGGCAGCGACAAAUCUGGUCUUGAUUGGCUGCUUCCUGCAUGGCCGCCCGAGUCAAACGUGGAUCAGAAUGGAGACCGCUUGCGAGUCUUGAGCCUCAACACAUAUGAGCGAUAUAUGGGUUGGUUCAACCGUGAUUUGCUUUCGACUCACAGCUCGUUGGAUGGAGAGACGGAAGUCAUUCGCAACAGCUUUCACAACUGGGGAGUUGGCUUGCAGGAUUCUGAAGAUAUGGCCGGGAGGAGCGAGGUCGAACUUUUGUCACCUCACAGUGUCCAGUCGAGCUCCAAAGUUGAUCAGCUUGACAUGAUCUGUCGCGAAGCCGAUUAUUAUGAUAUGAGAAGCUCUCUCGAUAUGCUUUGCUCCAAUUUCUCCACGGAAAUGAAAAAAGACGUCGUCGACAUAUCGGCACCACCAAUGCCCGAAGGCCAGAGAUCUAAUUACCUUGAUAAUUACCCACUUCUCGAAACUCCAUUGCGAGCCGAAUAUUCCUCGCUCAGCGAACUCAUCAGCAGUACCUUCACAGCGAUGGUAAACAGAACUUUCCACCCAACAGCAGGGGUGGAUAUUGAAACCUUAUACGCGAACAGAGUGCUUAGCAAAACCAUUCUUUCUGCGAUUCCCCUCCAAACCCCUCCAUUGUCUCUCCCACAAUUCCAGCGCAUUUUUGAGCCAAUCAUGCGCGCCAACUACUCUAUACCAACCCCAACCGCCCGACACGCCCCAUCGUUCGAAAAUGGGCUUGCACCAAUCACCGAAGACCUGGCCCCUUAUAUUCGUGCUAUCAUGUCCUUUGACGGGCGCCUCUACCAAUACCGCCAAAGGUUGUUUGCACUAACGGCGCAGGAGCCCGGGACAGGCGAGAAGCGAUCGCGUAAUACGCGCGCCAGUCGUGCCGCUCUUGAGGGAGGCGACAAAGCUUCGGUCCGCCGGGAACGUUGGUUCACUUCUGACGUGCCUUAUUACAAAGUGCAAGGCACUGCAGGGGCCGAUUGGCAGGAACUCUUGUUCCAGAUGGGCUAUUUCCACGUUGAGCCCACAAUUGAGCCAUCUCCUGAGAAGACAGAUCAUGUUUCGGGUGACCUCGCAAUGGUAAAUGCCUAG